AUGCGUCGCCAGUUAGAUGCAUACAUCUUCAAACAUCGAGCAAAGGUCUGUCUUAACAGGGCGCUGCACAUGCGCGAGGCUUAUUCGACAAGGUCUGGGUUGUCGCUCACCGCCAAGCGUCAGACCCCACGUUGGUUUGCGAGCUUCGAAGACGAAGAUAUCAAAGUGAAGCGCCAGCACUCAAGCUUGCUGUUGCUAUAUCGUGAACAGAGAAGAUUGGGUCGUGGCCGUGAGUCCCAAAGACAGUCAAAGCAUCCCACCCCAAGUCGACGUCCGGAUCGGAUGAAGCAGAGAAAACAAACAAACACAGUACUAGGCAUCUGUACUUCGACCCAUGACCUUGGUCACUUAUCGCUUCCGACAUCAGCCUUCCUCCCUCGACAACUGACUAUGAUGGCUAUGGCACGAAACCCUUCGGACUGGGUGUCUCUCGCUGCAUCUAGCGAUGACCUCGCAAAAGGGCUACAUUAUUUCCUUUCUAUCAGAUUGGAGAUGCCGAAAGAUCAGAGAGCUCUCAGGAGCAAAAGUACUGAUUAUCGUGGAAUGAAGAUCGAGGAUAUGAUAAACAAGGAUUUCGGGAGCUAA